CUUGAGACAAUUUUGAUGGAAUAUGAAAGCUACUAUUUUGUAAAGUUUCAAAAGUAUCCUAAAAUUACCAAAAAGGUCCUGGAGACUGCAGAAAAUAAACAGCUGAGAAGUGGAGGAAGAACAAGAAGGACAGCAACUUCUUCUCAGAAUGUACCAAGGGUCAAAAAACAGACAGUGCAACAACCAGUGUCAAAAACUUCAUCUGGGAGUACAGCAAAACCUAAAUCCUCCACCAAGGAGAGCACCAGACAGAAUAGUGAUGGUGAAGAUACUCUAGAUCAAUCCAAUUUUGGCUUAACCAUCUCAGGAAUCAGCAAAACUGCAGGAGACAGCUCUCACCCAAGAAAGGGCCAAAUAAUUGACUUCCACAAGAUGAUUCAGGAUGCUGUCAGAGUGCCACCAGAUGGAAUUCCCUUGAACAGCCUUAAUAGUGAUCCAGAUCCAACAGAACGAUUGUUGAAACCUCUUAGUGCUUUUAUUGGCAUGACUGGUGAGAUGAGGGAGCUUGCAAUGGUUGUAAGCAAAGACAUUUAUCUCCAUAAGCCAAAUGUGAAGUGGGAUGAUAUUAUAGGGCUGGAUGCAGCUAAAAGGCUGGUCAAGGAAGCAGUUGUUUACCCCAUAAAGUAUCCAGAGCUGUUUACUGGCAUUCUGUCCCCUUGGAAAGGAUUAUUGCUAUAUGGACCACCAGGCACUGGAAAAACUUUGCUUGCUAAGGCUGUUGCUACAGAAUGCAAUACAACCUUUUUCAACAUAUCAGCAUCCACCAUUGUCAGCAAAUGGAGAGGUGAUUCAGAAAAACUGGUCCGGGUGUUGUUUGAGCUCGCCCGGUACCACGCUCCUUCCACAAUUUUUUUGGAUGAGCUGGAGUCAGUUAUGAGUCAAAGAGGCACUGCUCCUGGUGGUGAACAUGAAGGAAGUCGGCGGAUGAAAACAGAAUUACUGGUGCAGAUGGAUGGCUUGGCCCGAUCUGAUGAUCUUGUAUUUGUUUUAGCAGCUUCCAAUCUGCCAUGGGAGCUGGACUGUGCCAUGCUGCGGCGGCUGGAGAAGAGGAUCCUGGUGGACCUGCCGAGCGAGGAGGCACGGAGGGUGAUGAUCCAGCACUGGCUGCCCCCUCUCAGCAACAGCGGCGGGGUGGAGCUGAGGACGGAGCUGGAUUACAGCCUGCUGAGCCAGGAAACCAGUGGAUACUCUGGCUCAGACAUAAAACUCGUGUGCAAGGAGGCAGCCAUGAGACCAGUGAGGAAAAUUUUCGAUGCUCUCGAAAAUCAUCAGCCAGGUAACAGUAACUUGGCCAUGAUCCAACUGGACACAAUCACAACAGCCGAUUUCCUGGAUGUGAUCACCCACACCAAGCCAUCAGCAAAGAAUCUAAGCCGGAAGUAUGUGGCUUGGCAGAGGGAAUUUGAGUCAGUCUGA